AUGCCCUCUCAACCCCCACUACCGCCCCUCCUCGCUUCAUAUGUAUCAAAUCUGCCCGAUUCAUCUUUGACACUAGUCUCUUCUAUCCUUGGGGCGACUUCAAACUGGCUGGUCCUGAGAUUCCUUCAUGCUGCGCUGAGCUCACCAAGCCCUAAUGCGGCAUUUGGUUCAGACGAGCUGCACAAUGGCAUUAAGAAGAAAGUGGUACUGGUGAGCUUCAUGCGGAGUUAUGAGUUCUGGAGGACUGAGGCAAAGCGAUUGGGCCUUGACCUUGCACGUCUAGCAGAUAAGCAACAAUUUGCAUUCAUAGAUGGCCUGUCUGAGCUGUUCUACGCACCACAAGCUACAGCCACUCCCAGUAUCUCACCGGCUGGUUUGGGAAGUAGUCCACGCACAACGCUCCCAAUGAGGUCUCCACCUGGUGCUGUACCUGGAAGAUCACCACACCCGGCAGGGCCAAUAGCCGCAGGAGCGAGAGGAAAUGUGACCUCGAAGCAGGCUGAACCUGGGAUUGCAAAGAAGCUCCAUUUCUCUGGUCGUGGUCUCGCCUCCCUCGACGCGCUGGAGAAAGAUAUCCUAUCAGUGAUUGAACAGCAAAAGAGUUCAAUGGAGGAUGGUGAUGAGCUUCUCCUCAUUAUAGACCAGCCUGACCUGCUCCUUGCUGCGACAGGUCCAACUAUGGGAAUUGGAGCAACAGAGAUGUCGGAGUGGAUCACAGCGCUACAACAGCAUGCACAUGCUACGGUUUUGACGUUAGCUACGGAUGCCCCAUUAAUACACAAUGCAUCUACCUCGGGAGGGGAGUUGGCUACGCCACUAGAGACGGAACAUGCUGCACUUGUUAUUGGGCUGGCGCACCGGGCUCGAUCGGUCAUGCAGCUCCGCACUUUGGACACUGGAGCCGCAAAAGAUGUGAGCGGGGUACUGAGAAUCAGCCGAGGUGGUGGACUGAACACGAGUGAAGAAGAGGCCCUGGAGGAGCGGGAGGCGUUGUACUUCAUCCAACGGGAUGGCGGUGUCACGGUGUUUGGUCGUGGGGAAUCAUGA